CGCUGAAACAAGCGGCCGGCCUCGCGGUUCUAUCCGCGAUCGCGUUUCUACGACUGUGCCCCCGAAACGAUGAAUGAAAAUGUGCCGUCGCGCCUUUUGUUCGUCCCCAAACGGGUGAACUCUGACGCGUUCUGUUCACACGAUCCAUGACCUCGCGUUCAAUGCGUUUCAAAUUCGACGAAAUUCUGUUGGCCGUCGAUAUCGUUCGUGUACGUUGAUACGCGUCGUGGAGGAAGCACGAGUAUCAGAAACUAAAGGGCUACUCAUUCGCUCGAGGGCUCGUUCGUCGUUCUAAUUGAAGAGGAUGAACGUGCGGUUGGUCGAUGUUGAGGCAAGCGACGGACGCCGGCGGGAAGGGACUACGCUGCGAAUCAAAAGCAAACGGGAUUGUGCUAAUAGCAUCGUUAGCCUUCGUUUAACUCGAUGAACAGCCGCCGCCUGUACAACGCGAGUUUCAGCAAUACAAUCCCAGAUAUUGGACUCUAAUCCGCUCCGUGUGAUUCGCGAAACGUUCGACUCGAAGAAGAAGGAGAAGAAGAAGAAGAAAAAAAAAAGAAAACAGCGUCUCGUUAACAGAGACAAUCUCGAACGAAAGACCUACCGACAUUGAGCCAAAGUCUUUCUCACAAAAGACAUCCAAGAGCACUUUGGUCAACAAUGGACAUUCAACGAUCGUGGUUAAUUACCACGAGUUCACAGCCGUUGAGGAGGAUCCCAAGUCACACUGGCAAUUGUGUCAAAACUGCUUUCCGAAGGAGGUCCCACUCGAGGGCCCAGAAAGUACGUCUACUCUCCGUCGAGGAGUAUCCCGAGUAACCAGAUCGAUACCAACGUUUUUUUAAACACUUCACUCGGAUAGAAAACGGGCGGACAGAAUCGGACAAACUCGUUAACGUUGUCGAUCAGUUGUUUGUUAAAAGUGCAGGAUCAACGGUCGUCGGUUCGCCGGGGACAAAUGUCAGACUCCGCUAAGCAGACAGGGACCUACCAGUUCGAGAGAAACACCAGCGAGAAUUGAAACGAAACUCGAUACACUAGAGAAGCUCGAGCACAAAUACAAAUACGAAUAGUAUCGUGGUGGAAAGCCAAGUGAGAAGGGGCGAACAACAGCGGCAGACAUGAUCAGCGUGGCCGGGCACAAUCCACGGCCAUGACCGAGUAAAGUCGAGCCAUUUGACACGUGGUCCACCAUGUUGAACGUAAUGGCAGCGGUGACGACAAGCCUGCCCAGCCGAGUGGACCCGACCCCGACGUCUUCCAGCAACACCAGUACUUCGUCGAGCACCACGCCGAACAACGUGACGUCGGUCCCCGUGGAGAACCCGACCGUCGAGAACCUGCCGGAGAACGUGAACGUGUUCGUGGUGGUGAUCAAGGGUAUCAUCAUGGGCAGCAUCAUCACGACCGCGGUUUUGGGCAACGCUCUGGUGAUCGCCAGCGUGAGGAGGCACAGAAGGUUGCGCGUGGUGACGAACUGUUACGUGGUGAGCCUGGCGGCGGCCGACCUCCUGGUGGCUAUGUGCGCGAUGACGUUCAACGCCUCGGCCGAACUGUCCGGCGGCAAGUGGUUGUUCGGUCGGUUCAUGUGCGACGUGUGGAACUCGUUGGACGUUUACUUCUCCACGGCCUCGAUACUUCACCUGUGCUGCAUCAGCGUGGACAGGUACUACGCCAUCGUCAGCCCGCUCGAGUACACGGUGAUCAUGAGACAGGGGACGGUCGGUUGUAUGCUGGGCAGCGCGUGGAUCUUGCCGGCUCUCAUCAGCUUCAUACCGAUCUUCAUGGGUUGGUACACCACGCAGGAGCACUUGGACUACAUGGUGAAGAAUCCGGAGGUCUGCUCCUUUGUGGUGAACCGGCCGUACGCUGUGAUCAGCUCGUGCGUCUCCUUCUGGAUCCCUGGCUUGGUAAUGAUAGUGAUGUACUGUAAGAUCUACAAGGAGGCGGUCAGACAGAGGAAGGCGCUUAGCAGGACGUCCAGCAACAUCGUGCUCAACAGCGUGCAUCAUCACAGGUCCUCGACCAGGCAACACCAUCACCAGCAGAUGCUGCUUCAAGCGGCUGCCGAAACCGGUGAGUUUGCAAUAUUACACGAAAAAUCGCGUAUUGGCGCGUUUUCACCGUUGUUUGGUGGUAGUUUCGUCGUCGACGGCAGGGAGAAGACCAUUACUCCUGGAAUGGGAGAAGUUGGUUGA